GAUUGGGUGCGGAGAAACGAGUUCUUGUGAAAGAAACGACUAAUCUUAUUCGUUAAUCGGGUGCGGGCAAAUUUGAUUGAAGAUUAAAGAUGUUGAGCAGAAUAACGUCGAGAUUUGCACAAGGAAAAAAGAUGAAUAAUAAGAAACGCAAAGGUAAAGGUCCAAUGGAGCCUGAAAUAGACCCUAAUGUUGGAGAUUUGGAAGUUCCAGAUACCGGGUUCGAUGAAGAUAGCGAAGAUGAAACAACACCGUCCGUGGUAUCCCUAGAUAACUACAAUUGCCUGGAAGAUAGUGACAAACACGCUUCUACAGAUAUUACAUAUUCAAGCGAUCCAAAAUUCAGGUACCAACAUCGUGGUUCACUCUUUUCGGUCAUUGUUUAUUAUAAGGAGAUAACAAAACAUAGUCCAAAAAUUAAAUACAUUAUCGACAAGGCAGGAUGGGGACGUUUAUUAGCCAUGGAAAUAGGAGAAGCAUCACACCCAGUGAUUGAUUAUCUUGUUGAACGUUGGUGGGAUACAACGCAUACUUUUCACUUCCCUUUUGGUGAAAUGGGAUUCACGCCGCUUGAUUGGGUAGUGUUGACAGGAUUGAGUAUUGGAAUUGGGGAUGAUGUUCCGUAUAACCCAGUCAAGUACAAAUUUGAUUAUGUCCGUGAGCAUGUUUUUCCAGAAAUAGAAGAACCCUUAGAUUAUGAAGAUCCCCCAAUCUCUGGAAAAAAACGCCCCCCGGCACAGUGGAUUUCAUAUGCAAUCACAAUUAAAUUUUUGACUACGUAUUUCAAAGAAGAUAUCUUGGUUGCAGCUAAUUUGGAUGACAAACUUGCAGAAAAAGUGGCGAGGGCCUUUUUUAUGUAUGUUUUGGGAAAUUUUUUCUUUUCCAAUGCAAAGAACUACAUUGAUGCGGCUUGGUUAGCUGCUUUUGAGGAUCUAAAUGUAGUUGAUAUGUAUGACUGGGGUGGUCCUGCUUUUGCAAAAUUGUAUGUGGCACUCAACGCAUCUGGUAGGGGACAGAAGUCAUUAACUGGGCCGUUCCAAAUAUUAGAGUUUUGGGGAUAUGAAUAUCUGGGCAUAUGUAGACCGUGCGACCCAACUAGUGAAGAAAAAUGGCCAAGAACUUCCCGGUGGAAAGCGAAGAAAAAGACUAUCGAUAUUGUUCACUGUAGGAAUGCGCUUAAUCAGUUGACUGCAGACAUCGUGACAUGGAGACCGUGGGAAUCCGCCAUUGGUGUUCUUGACUCUGAUGUUGGUCGCAGGGCUGUGGAGCUUUCAAACAAAAGGGUUAUAUUUACUUGGAUUGGCAAGAAUAUGUGGUACCUAGGAGAACGAUCUUGGAGGCAAAAUCAUCCUACUUUUGGAAUUCCUAGAAAUCCACCAUUUAAAAUUGGCGAGGUCAGUCAUGAGAAAGCAAAACUUGUGAAAGAAGCUGGAUGGGUAGAUGCAAAUAUGUUUGUGAAAGCUGUUUCAUAUAAUAUGUAUCUGCGAUAUUGGCGACAUGUAACUAACUUCCAUCAAUUCGUGACCAAAGUCGAUUGGGUAGUUGAAUUACACGGGGUUGAUGGUGACCGUGUUAAACACCUUAUUCAACGACCUGCUCAGCAUGUACCUAUUCCACCACCACAACAAUUAUCAUACCCUGAAGCUUAUAAUCUGGUUCAAGAACAUGCCGAUUUUAAUCGUGCGUUUCGCGAGUUUGUAUUAUAUGAAACGGAAGACAGGAUGAUACGUUUAAAGGCAAAAGAUGAAGUAAUACGAGGCCUUGCAGCUCGUAACAAUUACCUGGAGGAUCAGAUGCAAUUCCGUAUGCAACAAACGCCGCGUCCCCCUAUUGGAUUCGGCAGUUUUUCUGAAACUAUCCCACCAGCGGUGUGGGCUCCAGUGAGUCAAGCAUCAACAAUGUCGUCUGUUAACCCCCUCCGAGAAUGA